UUCGUUUAGUAAGAAAUGCCAUACGUACGAAAAAAAGAAUGAAAAAAGAAAAAAAAAAAAUCCGACGUUUAUGCCCGAUGAACUUGGAAGCCCUUCAGUUGUCGCCGGCGGCUCCCUGAUUCACGGUUGGCAACGCCCACAGGCCACACAGGUUGAGGACCCCUUUUACUCAGGAAAACGAAGAAUUAUUCACUAAAAGAUUGGAAGGGGGCAUUUCUUCUAUAAUGGCAUCUGAGUUGGUUGUGCAUAAUGGUGGAUGCCACUGCAAGAAAGUAAGAUGGCAAGUUGAAGCACCUGCCAGUGUUGUAGCUUGGGAUUGCAACUGUUCCAAUUGCUUCAUGAGGGCCAAUACGCAUUUUAUUGUACCUUUGGAACGGUUCAAGCUUUUAGGAGAUUCUAGCAACUUUAUUUCUACCUAUACCUUUGGUUCUCACACUGCAAAACAUACCUUCUGCAAAGUUUGUGGCAUUACCUCAUUUUACCAUCCACGCUCAAAUCCAGAUGGAGUUGCAAUUACUUUCAAAUGUGUUGAUCCUGGAACAUUGACCCAUGUUGAGAUUAGGAAGUUUGAUGGGAGCAACUGGGAAGCUUCUUAUGAUCACACAGGCAUUGCUUCAUUCUCAAAGUUUGAGAACACAAGGUCGUUCAAAGGAAAAGAUAGAAACAAUGCUCGUAAGGAGUCCUAUUGAAACCAAGAAAUGUAGGCUUGCCUGCCAUCCACACCAGAAUAAAUGAAGUUUUCCGAAAAAACCUGCUAGUGGAGGAAGACCUCCUAAGGAUAAGAGACAUAGUCUUCUUCCAUAGUGGGUACCUACUUAAGAUUUAAUAUCUUACAAGUUUUCUUGACACUCAGAUGUAGGGUCAAGUGGGUUGUCCCGUGCGAUUAGUCGAAGUGUACGUAAGCUAGUCCAGACAGUCACGGAUUUUAAAAAAGAAUUUGCCAUCCUCUUGCUAGGCUAUUUAUAGCCUUUGCAUCGAGUCUUGUAGCAAAUAUAUUGUAGACAAAAAAUUUGAUGUA